CUGAAAGUUUACAAGAGCAAGAUUUACAGGAUCCUUCCUGAUCUCCUUCGUAUCAACUCGGUUCGAGGUCGCCAUACUGGAACGAUUGACUGUGCUGCCAUCACCGAAGUCGAUGUCAAAUUGGCUUCGAUCCGGCUGACUGUCAAAGACGUUCCUGCUCAUCCAUUUGUGGAACCUCCAGUUGUACUGAAGAGAAAAUGCGUAAUCCAAAUGACAAUCGGCAAGAUUAUGGGAGAUAAAUCAAGACAAUAUACUUGUCGAAAUUGGAAACGCGAUUUCGCAAGGGUUCACUGGCGAAAACGUUGUCGUUGGAUAGAGACCAACGUGAAUAUGAAAAAUUUGAAGCUCAUCGUCACUUUGACGCCGUGGGUGAAUUACACAUUCCGAGUAAUCGCUGAGAAUUCACAUGGUCGGUCAGACAGGAAUAUCGCGCUGGAUGACGAAGGAACAGAACCUGACAAUUUGGUGGUCUACUGGAAACCUAUGGAGAAGUAUUACUGGAAUGCUCCUCACUUACAGUACCUUAAGAACCAUACAAUUAUCCGCGAACAGCCAACGUUCCGUCCAUUCCAAGUUCAAGUACGAGCGGUCAACGCAAUUGGACCCAGUAUUCUCGAACCAGAUAUCGUGAAAGGAUUCUCUGGCGAGGAUGUGCCAUCAACGCCACCAAACAAUUUUCGAGUCGCUAAAAUCAUGAAUUUCUCGACAGUCAGCUUCAAAUGGGAACCGGUGGAGGAGCCGUCCGUGAAUGGAUUCUUCCGUGGUUAUGAGAUAGAAUUCUGGCGUGAUCUUCUCCCAGCGCGAAAAUACCGUGUUAUGCUGCAGCCGAAUGAAACCGAGAAGACGAUUACCACUCUUGCGCCAAAUUCCAACUAUACAGCAGUGAUCCGGACCAAGAAUCGUCGCUACGGUAGUGAACCAAGUCCAGCCGUUCAUGUUACAACCCCUGAAGGACUACCGUCAAGAAGUGCACAAUUGACGGUAAUGCGCCGUUGA